GCCAGGUGCAGCGCCUGCGAGGCUCUGGGCCUGGCUGGGACGUGCACACCGCGCUCCUCAGCUGCUGAGCCCUAGAUUGAGUUCCUUCGGAUACCCCAGAGUCUGGCCCAGAUGUGAAAGACUGAGGCAGGGUGAAUGUGCAGAGCUCAGCCCUGAUGCCCUCCACCAAGAACUCCACGCAGGUGCCACAGGAUAAAGACGACCUUGCCUGCCAGCCCUGGUACCACGGUCAGCUGUCUCGACAGGAAGCUGAAGCCCUUCUGCUACAAGAUGGCGACUUCCUCGUUCGUGCCUCGGAGUCCCGAGGGGGCCACCCCGUGAUCUCCUGCCGUUGGCGAGGCCAGACCCUACAUUUUGAGGUGUUCCGAGUGGCACUGCGGCCGAGGCCCGGUCGCCCGCAGGCCCUCUUUCAGCUAGAAGAUGAGAGGUUCGCCAGCAUGUCUGCCCUGGUCCACAGUUACACGACCCACAGGCGACCGCUGUCCCAAGCCACGGGAGCUGUGGCCUGCACGCCUGUGAGUCAGAGGCUGCUGACGCGUAGCUUCAGUGAGGAUGUGCUCACAGACAGCCGAGAUGCCACCAGGCCUCUCAGGCCUAGGAAGUGGAGUUCCAGCCAGCCUGCCGACUUGGACCAUUCAGGAAGGGGCAAGGAUGGCGCCAGGGCAGGAGCGCCCCCUACUCUUGGAUCUGCCCUGCACCGGACAGGCAGUGAACCCACACUGCUGAAGGCCUUGCCUCACCUGGGAACUAUGGCAGACAGUCUCCGAGCCUCUGAUGGACAGCUCCAUGCGAAGGCUCCCUGCAAGCCGCUCCGGACACCCUCCUUGGCCUCUGGACACACCCCAACAUACUGCGAACUCCUCCCCCGAGUACCCAGUGCUCAGAAAACGACUCCCAGACCAAGCUGUCCAGAGCCAGAGGCUUGUUGGUGGGAAGCCGAGGAGGAAGAAGAAGAAGGGGACAGAUGCUUUGUAAGGCCACACGCUGAGGUCUCAUUUUGCACCCCUGACCACCCCUCUUGCCUGCUGGGACCCCAAAAUCGGCCCUUGGACCCUACAGUGUUGCGCACUCUCCGAAGCUUGUUUGUGGCACACCAUCCUGGGAGUACUGCUCUACACCUGCUGUUGGUCGAUUGCCAGGCUGUAGGCCUGCUGGGGGUGACCAAGAGUCAGAGGAGUGCCAUGGGUGUCGCCUCUGGUCUAGAACUACUCACACUUCCUCAUGGUCAUCUCCUGAGGUUGGAGGUGCUGGAGAGGAUUGAGACCCUGGCGCUGGCCGGGGCCGUGGCUGUGCUGGGUUGCUCGGGGCCCCUGGAGGAGCGCACAGCGGCUCUGAAAGGCCUGGUGGAGCUGGCAUUGGCGCUGAGGCCAGGAGCCACAGGGGACCUGCUGGGACUGGCUGGGGUCAUGGGCGCCCUGCUCAUGCCCCAGGUAUCCAGGUUGGAGAGCACUUGGCGUCAUCUCCGACAGAACCACACGGAGACUGCGCUGGUCUUUGAACAAGAGCUAAAGCCUCUGAUGCGGGCUUUGGAUGAAAGUAGAGGACCCUGCAACCCAGGAGAGGUGGCCCUCCCGCACGUGGGACCAGCAGUGCGCCUGCUGGAGGGCGAGGAGACCUCUGGGCCGCUGGACGAGUCCUGUGACCGGCUGCUGGGCACCCUGCUUGGGGCGCGACAAGUGGCCCGCGAUGCACCUCAGUUCCGCCGGGCGGCGGCCCAGCGCCUGCAAGGAUUCAGGCCCAACCCAGAACUAUGGGAGGCACUGACCACCAGCUUCCUGCGCCGCUUACUCUGGGGGAGCAAGGGGGCCCAGGCCGCCAGAGCCCACCGCCUGGAGAAGUUCCAGCACGUCCUCAACAUCCUGUCCCAGCAACUAGAGCCUCAGGGCUGAGAGCCCGGCCCCAUUUUAUACUUGAGAGACCCCAAA